AUGGCCAAAGUAAUACAAGAAUAUAAGUUGAUUGUAUGGGACGAGUGUACUAUGGCUCAUAAAAAAGCUAUUGAAGCACUGAACCGUUCAUUGAUUGAUCUGACUGGUAAAAAUGAUAUCAUGGGUCGGAUUACGAUUGCAUUUUCAGGUGAUUUCCGUCAAAUUUUACCUGUUGUGCAUCGGGGUACUAAAACUGAUGAAAUACAUGUAUGUAUUAAAUCGUCAAAUUUAUGGGAACAUGUUAUUAGAUUGAAACUUACGUCUAAUAUACGAGUACAAUUAAGUAAAGAACAAGAUUCAGAUGAAUUUAGUAAGUUUUUAUUGGAUAUUGGAGAGGGAAAAUUACCGAUAGACGAAAAUAAUCAAAUUUCAUUGACCCGAUGA